AUGGCUCCCGGAGCAUUGGUCGCCGACCCCCUCCACGACGGACUGCCCACCGUCAAGAGGACAGAAGCCCCGCGCUCCAUCUUCCCCGAUGGAAUCCGCACGUCUGGCCAGCAUCCCCCGCUGUACGACCGCCUCAGGCCGUAUGCAGACUUCCCCAAGGAGAUCUCCGGCCCGACGCUGUGGAAGAGAGAGACGUACGAGAACAACCCCGAGCGCUGGACGCACCCCUUCACCGACGAGGAAGUCCAGGAGCUGAGCGACACUGCCGAUGCCUUCAUCGCGAGCGGCACUCCUCUAGAGGGGAUAUCCAAGGAAAACUUCCCCCUCCCCAAGCUGAGCAAGGUCCUCACCACCCUCCGCGAGGACCUCAUCAACGGCAAGGGCUUCAUCCUCUUCAAGCGCUUCCCGGCCCAGGACUGGUCCCCGCGCAAGAACGCCGUCGCCUACAUGGGCCUGGGCACCUACAUCGGCUACUUCCUCUCGCAGAACGGCCUGGGCCACGUCCUCGGCCACGUCAAGGACGUCGGCGACGACGCCACCCAGAUCGACAAGGUGCGCAUCUACCGCACCACCGCGCGCCAGUUCUUCCACGCCGACGACGGCGACGUCGUGGGCUUGCUGUGCGUCCACCGCGCCGCCGAGGGCGGGGAGAGCGACAUUGUGAGCAUCCAUAAUGUUUGGAACCACCUCCAGCGCGAGAACCCGGACGUCGCGGAGCUGCUCACCCAGCCGGUGUGGUACUUUGACCGCAAGGGCGAGACCUCGGAGGGGCAGAACGAGUGGGUGCGCCAGCCGGUCUUCUACAUCGAGGACGGAGGACAGGAGCGCGUGUACUGCAAGUGGGAUCCGUACUACGUGCGCUCGCUCACCCGGUUCUCGGACAAGGGGCUCGUGCCGCCGCUGAGCGACGCGCAGAAGAGGGCGAUGGAGGUGCUGGAGGAUACGUGCCAGCGGCUGGCCCUGCACAUGAUCCUCGAGGUGGGCGACAUCCAGUUCGUGAGCAACACGCAUCUGCUCCACGCUAGGACGGCCUACAAGGAUUACCCUCCGCCAUCUCCUCGGCGACACCUGCUCAGGCUCUGGCUCUCUACGCCCCAAGGCGAGGGCGGCUGGGCACUGCCCUUCCAUGACAGCUUCGAGAAGAAGCGGGGUGGUGUCCAGGUGGACAACACUGCGCCUAGAGCACCUCUGGAUGCGGAGUAA